AGAAAUACGAAAAUCGAUUAAACUAUUGGUGCAAAUAAUCAGGACUGACUUAAUUAGUAGUCCUCGUACACAAAUUGUUUUAUGUAAGUAAAUAAAAAUUGUGAUAUAAACUGAAUUAAGUCAUAAUAUUAUUUUUAAAUGUCUUAAAUCAUUGUAUUCAAAUGGUUUGAUUAUUUUAAUGUUUAAAUUAAGGCCAACUUAAUUCCUGAUUUACACUUUCACAGUAACUUGAGUACCAGUAAGUUCUGAGCAAGGCUGUACUGUACAGGAGUAGUUCUCAACGUUUUUAUUUUGUCAGUUUUCGAGUUCUGGCAUAUUAUGACUUACCUUUUAUGUAUAGGAGGUUGAUUUUUAUUUUCACAAGGGUUAUAUGUGCUAAAAUAAGCUAAUAAAUCCCCUGUGAAACAGUGAAAGAAGUAUAAGUAUAAGUUCUUGAAUCAUAGGCAAUUACUCUUAGUCUCUUGUUAGUUUUAAAAAUAAAUAGUGAGGGAAAUUAUUUUAAUUAAUAGCCUUCAAUAGCAAUAUCACACAGUCUCAGAAGUUUUGUGGCACACCUAGCUAGUUUCACUACUACUAUAAUUCAGCACUGCUGUGACUGUGAAGUGUAUACACUCACUGUAACUGUGAGUAGUGUGAGUGCCCAUCAAUGCUGUACAUUGAGUAGUAUUUAAUUUAUAUAAAAAUGGCAGUACCAUUUAUCAUAAUAUACAAAUAAUAUAUAUAUUAAUAAAGCCUGUGCCAAAUUAUACUUUUUAAACAUUUUAUGGACAAUUAGACAAUUUAGUGGAUGCAUAACAUUUAAGCUAAUGUAUUAAAUAUAAUGAUUACACUACAGAAUCUCUAAAUUUUCUGUACAACUCUGUGGCUUAAGCAUGUAAGUUAGACUCUAAAAAGUAAAGUUGACUCUGUACACUCUCCAAAUAAGUGUAGAAUAAAUUAGAGGGGUUUGAUCUCAGAAACUAGCCCUUUCAAAAAUAUUUGUGUAAGUUAUUUAAAUUUGUCAUGUUUCAAUUACACUUAUCCCUGCAUUAAUUUUUGUUUUAUUUGUUUUUGUUUGACCUAUAAAACAGUUAUAAUGGGGAAGAGAAAGAUUCCAAAGACUCAAACACAAAAUGAGCAGGAAUCCACACAGAGCAAAAAAGAAGAUUCAACAAAAGGUAGGUUGUCUUUUUUUUUUUUUUAAAUUAAAUUAUUUUUGCACAUAAUUUUUUGAAUGUUUAUCUUGUAAAAUAUCUUUGAUGAAUAGGAAUAGGGUUACCAUAAGACAUGAAAAGGAGGACACACUCAAUUCAAUUUUCUUCAAAUCUGGUUAUUAACCCGUAGUCGACUCAUAGGACUACGCCAAUGUUAAGUGUUUUACAUAUAAAAUUAAAGUUUUUAUGUAGUUCAAAUUUUGUAGUUUUAAUGUUCUUACUGUACAUAGUUUUAAUUAUAAACUUAUAUUAGUGAGUGUUCAUUCCACAUUACAUAACUAUGACUGAUUUUUAUGUGCAAUAUCAGAGUCAGGUAAAAUUAUUUUUAAUAACAACUAAAGUCCAUUGGUUUAUAGCUGUGAUGGUGCUUGACAGUGUGAAACACCAAUAUGUCUUCAGCUGUUAAAACAGAAUCAUCACUUUUUGAACACUGUGUUACAAAAAAUUUGGUUAUUUUAGAAGAAUUAGUUUUUAUGAGAAUACUCGUAACAUGCUUCGGCAUUUCGACUUUCACCUUUAAAUCCAGUAAAAAAACACAGACAAAAGCCAUAUUUCUGGAAAGCCGCCCGGAAAGUGGCCUAAAAAGAAGAUGUGUGGGAAACCCGGACGCAUGUUAACCCUAAAUAGAAAUAUAUAUAGUCUGUGCCUCAAUAUUUUUUUUUAUUUGAAUAGUGUGCAGUCAUUUAACCAUUUUGUUCAUAUUUUUGCUAAAAUAAAUUUUAAAAAUAGAUUUUAUUUAAAUGUAACUUAAAGUAGAACUGUCUCCGAUUUCAUUUAUGUUAAAUCUGAAAAGUAUUAAAUUAUCAUACUAACUCACUAAUCAGUGUGGAAAAAUCUUUAAGAUUGGAUAACCCUGCCUUGUAAAGGAAUGAACACAAUUUGAUUAAGUGUUACAUCUUGAAGUUAUAUAAAUUGUGAGCUAUGCUUUCUUCAUUGCAGGAAAGAAAACAUAUUCACUUCAAGCCCAGAGUAAAAAUUUUGCAGAAGCUGAAAAUGCAGCUGAUUUACAGAAAGUAAUAUGACUAUUAUUGAUAAUAUCUUAUAAACUGCACAGGAUAUUUUUAUCUUUAUUUUUGUUUUCUUUCUGCCGUUUCUCAAAUAAAUUUUAAAGAUUAUCACUGGAAAAGCUACAAUUGUCUUUGUAAAAUGUCUCUUUUACAGUCAAAAUGUCAGUGCAACCAUAUUUUGAAGGAAUAUGAUUAUUAAUCAGAUGACAAACUCAAAUCAACUGUUACAGAGACUACAUCAUGCAUUUAUAAGAGCCAUGACAAAAAAUUUGGUUCAAAAUGUCAAAGAAGUAAAUAAAUAAAUUAUAAAUUAAAACAUUUUAGCUUCUACUGGACUAGUGAAUACUACUAAUAUUCUUUAUCUGAAUUAUGUUUUACAAAAUAUUUUUAUACUUAAUUUUAUAAAAUAUUUAUUUCCAGGUAAAUCUCCCAGAAAAGCUAGAGAAUGCUUUAAUUGAUCUAAUUCUUGAAGAACAGAAAUCAGUGAAAACUCUGGGUGACAUUUCUAAAAGGAUUACCUAUAAAAAGUUGACAGUGAGUGAAAUAUAUUUGAAUGAUUUUUAGGUCCAAACCUUGUGAGAAUGAUUAUUUUAUACUUGUCUAAAUAAUGUAUAUUUUGUUGUCUAAAUUUUAGACAUUAAAAUAUUUUGUGCACUGAAAAUGUCUACCUGAUAUUUUACUUGCAUUAAUUUUAGGAUGUUUACAACAGUCUUAACGAUGCUGGAUUCUCAAAGAACCAGAUUGAGGCUGCUAUGUCCUCUUCAAUUAUGUUUGGUGGUGAUCUUAUAGAUGCUUUGGACUGGCUUUGCCUCAACACACAGAAUGGUACAUCCAAAAUUAAAAAAAAAUAAUAAUUCCAUUAGCUCUCUGUGCUAUCUAUCUCUUUGCAGCUCAAGGAGCAUUCACCACUUGUGAUAGUUUCAAUUUUAACUUCUAAUGUAAAGCUUAGCUCCUCUAUCUAUAUAGCUUAAUUUUCUUCAUCUCUUGUUAAGACACCCCUAUUACUCUGUGUGAAGACCUGCAUGCAGGCACUAUAAUUUUUGACAUAUUAAACCGGUCGACCAGGUAGUUGGUACAACAGAUGCAAUGAGUGUUUUUUGUAUGUGUACUCCAAACUUUCAAUUUUUUUUUUACUGACUGUUUAAAAGUUAUAAAAGAACAUCACUCAAUAGUUCAAGUUCAUUUCAAACAGAUCAGCUUCCAGCAAGUUUCUCAGAAACUCUCCAAAAAGAGGAAGAAAAACACAGACCAAAAUUUGAUAGGUCAUUGCAAGUUGAAGCUAAGUGUGGUCCUUCAUCUGAAGAAAUAACUAGACAAGAAACUCCAAAGGUAAUUUGUGAGGCUUUUAUUGACUUGUUUUUUAAAGGCAAAUUCAUUGUGAUCUAUUUAUUCUGAUAUAUAUAUAGGUUAAAACACUAUAAAAUUAAUGUUUCAUCCAUUUAAGAAUGUCUCCAGCACUCUUUACCCAAGAGAAGAAUUAAAUGACAGUGAUAAUUGAUUACUAUGGGUUAAUGUGGAAACUGCAACGUCAUAUCCCCAUUUCUUAACUGAUUAAAAAGCCCACUGUGGCCAAAUUAAAUCUAGGUCAUGUUUUUUGUCAUUUUAGAUGUAUGUACAAUUUCAGCUGCAGUUUUCUUAAUUAUAAACAUAUUCCAAUGAUUAAUGAACCAUUUUGUAGGUAAUUGAGUUUUCUAUAAUAUAAACUUAAAACAUUUGUAAAGUUAAGUUUUGUUAGGAAAUUAUUAAUUGUUAAAUUAGUAUUUUCAAUAGAAAAACAAUAAAAAUAUAUUGAUGUGCGAACUUCCAUAUAAAUUUAAAAUUUCCAAAUCAUUUAAAGUCUUUUAUUUGAUUGUUUCAAAAUGGUAUAUUCAAUAAUAAGAAAAAGGCACCAAAGAACACAGAAAUUGAAAAAUAUUUACACUUUAAAUCACUUAUAUGCUUUUAGUAACCCUGUCACUUGUUGCCGCUGUAAACAUGUACUAUUUUUUAACUAGCUAGGAAUAAAAUAAAAAAUUAUUAACAUUUCGUCUUUUUAAACAUUUUGCCGAUAGCAUGCGUUUUGAAUAUAAACUUCCGGUCAGUAAAUUAAAAUCUCGAAGUGAAACGGGAACGGAAUAAUAUAAAUAUUUGACUCGAUUUACUACAAUACAAACAUUGGCGCUACCAGCGGCUCAUGGCCAUAAGGAAAGAAAUGCGAGCCGCUCCCAGUGGCUCACGGUAGUUAACCAGUUAAUUAGGAUAGGCAAGCUCUGAUUCCCAACACCUUAUUACAUUAAACUAAAAAACAUUUACCAAAAUUUACAGUCCAUCUAAAAUCAGAGGGAAGUACAUUUAUAUGCCACUCACUCAAUACAAUGCCAAGUUCAAGAAUCUAGAUUCACAUCCCAAACAACAGUUUUUGCCCAAAUUAAAUUACAGUUAGUACAUUUUUUUUUUUAGUUCUAUUGUUUGAAGUAUUUUGCUGUCUUAGCUUAUGAAUUAAAACAUAGAUAGUAAAUUUUAUUAGCCCGUUUGUCUUUUUUCCAUUAAAAGUAAUUAAUUUCAUAGCAAUGGUCUUUUGCUUUUUUUGUUUUUAAUUAUUUUUUUUAAAAAUUAUUUUCUUAAAUUUCAUCUCCCAAGGCUUUGGCUGUACAAAACAAAAAAGAAAAACCAGCGGUCAAAGACUGGAUACUAAACUAUGCUGAACAGAGCUCUAGUGAAAAUGAAGAAGAAGAAGAGGAAAAUGAAUCAUGUUUUGAUCCUGUAAGUCAUGGGAUUUAACCAUUGUAGCUCCAAGAUCAUCGUUUAAACAAGGCAUUUUUGCACACCACAAAGUUGUCACACUGAUUGAUUUAACUGCCAAAAAAAUAUUCCUAAAAAUCAUAGCAUACUUCUUGCUGACCCCGAUACCAACAGGGUGUUCUCAUCCCCUCCACUGAUUGCCUUUAGACGGGACAGAAAUCUAGGUGACAUUCUGGUUUAUAGUCGCCUUCGAUCUGAACUGUCUUAUGUUGGUAACUAACCAUGCUUAAGAAACCGCUGUAGGACUUGUCCCUUUACACUCCAAACUGAAUGCAUUAGCCUCCCUAAAGGUACCUUUACCAUUAAAGAGGGUUUCACCUGUGUCAGCCGUAAUGUAAUAUAUGCGAUUGUGUGCCGUAGAUGCCAAUCUAGUUACAUAGGUGAAACUGAGAGAAGAUUGGCUGAUAGGUUUAGUGAACAUCUGCGGGAUAUUGAGCAAUGUAAACCUUCCCCAGUCUCUUCUCGUUUCAACAGAAAAGAACAUAAAGGUGCAUUGGAUGUAACCAUUACGGCACUGAUUUCAUGCAGUAACACACCAGAGAGGGUUAAAAUGGAAAAUAAAUUUAUUCAGCUGUUUGGCACCAUAUCUCCAUAUGGCAUUGAUCAAAUAAUAUCCUUGUGAUGUUUCUCUGUUUCCCUAUAUUUCAUCUAUUUUCUUAUUGCUGUGUGUUUAUGUAUCCCUGGAUAUUCUGGUCCAUUAUUAUUAUGGACCUCAUUUUUCACAGUGUCAAUAUUUAUAUUCUCUCGCUACCUGCGUUCCCACUUCUUGCGACACCAAUGGAUAUGUCUUGAGUUGUUUUCUGUGCUCUGUUCUUUGUGAUAUUUUCAUUUCUACUGUUAACCGAAGAAGGCUUUAUGCCGAAACGUCCUUAUCUUUUUGUCUUGUUCUCUAAUUUAAUCUUCCACAUACCUCGUUUUGCUAUUUCAUUCAUUUACUAGGCUUGUAUACAACCCUUUAAUUUAUAUUUUUAGUGAUUGAUUUAAGCCAUUGAAAAGCUUAUCCUUCUUCCUUAAUCCAUUUUUUUUAAAAUCUCAUCUCCAAAUCAUUUGUUUGCUAUAUACUUAUUCUGUCCAAAAUUAGUUUUUAGCAAGUUUUUUUUUCGGGGGGGGGGGUGGGUGAAGAGAUGCAAAUUUAUACAAAAAUUACUAUUAAUGUCAAUUUUGUUUUCCAUUCGCGGUGUGCUACAAAUACUUAGUAAAAAGCUUCAAUAAAUGAUAACAAGCCUACUGUAUCUCUGAUUGAUUUGUUAGUAAAAAGCUUCAAUAAAUGAUAACAAGCCUACUGUAUCUCUGAUUGGCAGACUUCUCGUUACGCUGUGUUGCAUGCAGAGCUCCAGGAUUUAAAGGACAAGGCUGCUAUAGCCAAGAGCAAUAACAACACAGAGGAACACAAGCAGCUUUCUAAGUUGCUGAAGGAAAAACAUUUAGGUGAGACAUAAGGUUUAGUUAGGACAAAACAUUUAGGUGAGACAUAAGAUUUAGUUAGGACAAAACAUUUAGGUGAGACAUAAGGUUUAGUUAGGACAAAACAUUUAGGUGAGACAUAAGAUUUAGUUAGGACAAAACAUUUAGGUGAGACAUAAGAUUUAGUUAGGACAAAACAUUUAGGUGAGACAUAAGAUUUAGUUAGGUCAAAACAUUUAGGUGAGACAUAAGAUUUAGUUAGGACAAAACAUUUAGGUGAGACAUAAGACAGACCUGUUUACUCUUACGAUUUUGGCGUACAAUGUACGAUUUUGAGGUGUAUAGAUUGUAUAUACUGUAUGUUUUUUUUACUAUGAAUAUAACGUAUUAAAUGACUUUGUGAUGAUAUUGUACGAUUUUAAGAGUUUGAGGGUAAACAGGUCUGAUAAGAUUUAGUUAGGACAAAACAUUUAGGUGAGACAUAAGAUUUAGUUAGGACAAAACAUUUUGGUGAGACAUAAGGUUUAGUUAGGACAAAACAUUUAGGUGAGACAUAAGAUUUAGUUAGGACAAAACAUUUAGGUGAGACAUAAGAUUUAGUUAGGUCAAAACAUUUAGGUGAGACAUAAGGUUUAGUUAUGGCAAACAUUUAAGUGAGACAUAAGAUUUAGUUAGUAUAUAUUUGCCAUUUCAUCUGCAAAUGUUGAGUCUGGUAUAUACAGUGUAAUUAUAUUUUAUAAAAGUGUAAUCAUAUUUUAGAAAUAAUUUUUUGAGAAGCUAAAAUUUAAACAUGAAGCUGGAUAUAUUUCUAGCAUGAUUUCAUAACUAUGUUAUUUUUUAUCAACUUGACACUGUUGAAAAACUAGUUAGAGAGAGUUAAUAACAUUCCAUGUGGUGAUUAUUUUAUUUCACAGAAAUGUCUUCAUUAGAGAAACACCCAGACUUUGACAAAUCGAUCAAAUCCCAGCUUAAGUCAGCCUCUGCAUCAACAGCAACGAUGCCCAAAAAGCAGUCACCCAUGGUCGCACCUGAAGGCAGUAAACAGAGCUCGCAAGAUGAUGAAGAAUUGGGUUUAUCUUUGUUUUCACAGGCUGAGAACACCACUGGCACAAAACCAUCAGGUAGCAGGAUCUUAUUAUAAAAUUGUUACAUUUAUUGUAUAUAUAUUGUUUGAAAAUGUAAUACUUCCCAAAUAAACUUAACUGGGUGGGGAAAGGGGGGCCUGUUAUCUAUGUAGGAUGCCACCGAUCAUGUUAGGCUGUUAAAGGUGAUACAAUAAUAAGGGUUUGAGAACUCUUGACUACAAUUGUGUGUAAGAAUAGUUGUCAAGUUUUAUUAGGGCCCCCCCCCCCCCCCAGAAACUGUUUUAAAGCCUUCAUACCAAUAAUAUUAUUCUAAAUUACUUGUAUUUGUUUUUUAAUCUUUGAGGUUUUGAAUAAACUGACUGGUGAAUGCAGACAUUACAUUUUUUUUUUUGCUAACCCUUUUCUUCAGUAGUGGUUGAAAAGUCUAAAGAGGAUGUACGCUCAUUUGAAUAUACCCGGUCUCAGUGGACAGGGAAGUCUCCAAAGCAGUUCCUCAUUGACUGGGUCCGAAAACAUUUGCCCAAGAGUGGACCACCUAAGUUUCAGAAAAUCCAAGUUAAGGUUAAUAGAUUCAAGAGCACGUAAGUUUUAUAGUUUUAACCUAUCGUGACCUUUAAAAUUGUGCACUAGCUACAACACUUUAGGUUGUAGAAUUUCAACUGUCAGCUUUAUGCUAAGUUGCUUUAAGUACCUCUAUCAUUGAAAAUGAAGAUUUCACCUCCUGAAUGUGUAAAAUUUAAUUUACAUUGUUACUAUUUUUUAUCAUUAUAUUGGCAUGAUCGUUAAUUUGAUUAAUCACUUAAAACAUAAUUUUUUUUUAAAUAUAUUUUUAUGUGUGAUAGUUUGUCAUAAGUAAGUUUCAAGUGAUCAAACUUUACAGAGCUGUGAUAGAUAGACAGAAAGAUGGACAACUUGCUGUGACACCUACCAUAUUGUGUGAAAAUGUCAAAGAUGCUGAACAUCUGGCCGCCACUUUGGCUUUGUACCAGUUAUGCAGAGGACAGGUGAACUAUUAGGGGUUGCUCGUAAAUUACGACACACAAAAAGUGACCUUAUUAGACCCGCCAUUUCACAAAGUGUCACAAAUUCUUUACCCACAGUGUCACGUCACACCACCUAAAAAAAUUAAAACAUACAUAAAAUUUUCAUAACUAAAUUAAGAUUUUAUUUUAUUCUUCAACAUUUCCCCAUAAUGGAUUAAGAUGUAGUAUUAGAAAACUGUGACACGAAACAACGAAGUCAUCCUGAAGCUGAAUGUAACAUGGCCACAACAAUUUUUGCGUCGUUUUUCUAUAUGCACAGAAGGUUUGCACGACUGAUUUUCAUGGUACCUAAAAUACCUGAGGCAAUUUUGACCUUAGGUUAAUGUUUUUAAAAUUAAUUGAAUAAAGAUUUUUCAAAAUUAGAAAAUUUUAGAUAUUAAACAAAAAAUAUUAAGUCACAAAGUUUUGACCCACCCCCUUCCCCCUGUCAUAUAGUGUCUCAAAUUCUUGACCCCCUCCUCCCAAGCAUGACGUAAUUUGCGAACAACCUCUUAGUUCAUUCAGCUAUUUAAAUUAGUUUACAAUUGUCUAUUUCUGCACAUUAAAUAACGAUGUUUAAAUGAUUGAACUGCUUUUAAAAUUUAUUUUUGUAUAAACUUUUAUUGAAAGUUAUUUUUUCGUACAAAUUUAUUUUUAAAAUGUGCCAUGAACAAGUUGCAGAAAUUAGUGUUUGUAUUAAAAGUUUAAAUACAAAUAAUCUGUUAAUUUUAAUGCAGUUGAUGUGAACCUACCAUUUUGUAGCUGUUGAAUUAGAUGACAUAUUAUUUUUAAUGUUCCAAUAUUUUCAUCACAAUAAAUUCUUCGUUCAGCCUGUGCACCAGCUUCUCCCACCCCCAUAUAGAAAUGUGUGGCUGGAUUGGUUAGAUGAAGAGAAGAAAGAAAAAGACGAGGCAAAAGAGAAAGAAAAUAAGGUAACAGUCUUCAGUUAUUUCUGUUGCAUUGAAAGCUAACUAUGAUACCUCCAACCUUUGUAAAGAUUGGGGAAGCAAGACAUUCAUAUUAGGCCAAUAGGUAGUGACAAAUUUGCAAUUUCCUUUUCUCUUCAUGUUGCAGCCAAGAGAUCAAUUUAUAUCAAAGUUGCUGAAGAAACUAAAUGUUGAGGAUGUAGCCACUAAAACAGAAACGGCAACUCAAGAUCCUGAGGCUGGUGGAGAGGAUGGGGAAGAUGACUGGGAAAGUUUGGCAGACAAAGUAUGUGGACAUUUUUGUUCAAGUAUAUUUUACUGCCAUUACUCAAGCUGUUGCACAAACAAAUGAAGAAGUCCCAACAAAAUGACAAUGUUUUGUACAAUUUUUUACACUACAAAAACAAAAUAGUUUGAUUUUCUUUAGGAAAAUGUGCAGUGAGAAUAAAAAGGGAUGCAUAUAUAUUUUUUUUUCCAGUAUUUAAUAUUUGAGGGGGUUUUGUUUGGUUUUGUGUUGUCUGAAAUCAUCACUGAAAUUUUGGGUUAAUUUUCACACAAUUACCUUAAAUCACAAAAUAAUUUAUGCAGGGCAAGCUGAAUGAGAUUUCCCCCAGUAAACCAGUGGCGUCUAAGGUUGAAAAGAAAGCAGAAAAAUCGUACAAAUCAUCACAACUUCAUCAAGCUCUAUUAAAUAGACAAGCUUCUUCAGAGUUUCAAGAACUUCUUUUACUGAGACAGCAACUUCCAGUGUACCAGUACAGGCAGCAGGUAACUUGAAGCAUUUGGUAUUUGGUUGGGUGGACUGUAAUCAGUUAUUGAUUUUUUUUUUUUUUUUUUUUGCAAGACAGAACAAAAAAUAAUUUUAAAAGGAGGAAAAAAAUUAAAAUUAAAAAUAUAGGGGGGGGGGGGGGGUGAUGUAAUAAUUUCUCUUAAUUUUUUUUGUACUGCCCUAAAUUUUAUGCGGAUGCUAGUUUUCUUCUACCACUUUUGUUGUUUUAUUUGUUCAUAUGUGUUUUUAAACAUGGAAAUGCAUAGAACAUUUGUAAACUUUCUUGGUUGUCGCUCUUAUUUUCAAGCAAUGCGUCAUUUAAUAUUUUAAACAAAACUUUAAGUUUAAAUAAAGGACGCCUUGUUGUCGCUGCGUGAAACUGUGUAACCUCUUUAUAAAAUCACCCCUCCUUUGGCUCAUAUUCUGAACGACUCAGGUAACUUCUGCCAUUCAAGCCAAUGCCGUGGUGGUGAUAGCUGGUGAAACAGGGAGCGGCAAGAGCACGCAGGUCCCCCAGUUUGUGCUUGAGGUCAGUCUAUCAAACGCUGUGCAAUUAUCUGUUGACAGAGUGUUGUUUUUUUUUAAAGAAAAUUACAUGUUGUUCUUCCUCUUUUAUUUUGUCAACGUUAUUGUUAGGACCUCUUCCUUUUGCUUUUUAUAAGUUUAAAUUUUAUGGCAAAAUUAAGCAGGAAUAAAUUUAUAUUUUAUCACACUUAACCAGGUAUAAAUUUACUUUUAUGUCACAUUUAGCAAGGUAUAAAUGUAUAUUAUGUCACCCUUAACCAGGUAUAAAUUUAUGUCACACUUAACCAAGUAUGAAUUUCCAAGUUCUUGUUAAAUGUUUCUGGUGUUAACUACUGGUUGGUGUCUGUUACAGGGAACAUUAUGUUUAACACUUUUAAACUGUCAUUGGUAUCAGUAACUCUUAUGGAUGUGUUUGCAAAUCUCAGAAACCACAGCAUUUCCAUUCAGGUGUAACUAGCAGUGCUGGAUAAACCUAAAGGCAAAUGAGGCAUGUGCUUAGGGGCCCUGCGGCUUUCAGUGGCCCCAUGGCGGGAUCAGUUAAUUGUUUUAUUUUAAUAGAAGGAGGGGGGGUGGGGCCUCCAUUUGAUCUUUAAGGUAGCAUACUUGUAUUGACAUAAUGUAGAUACUCGUGGACAUCUUGGGCAUCUCCAGACAUUAUAAGUUACAAUAAUGGGGGAAGAAAAGAAACAAAUAAACACAAGGUUGUUUGAUGACAGCAGGAGUGAAUGAAGUAAAAAUCUACUGAUCUGGUCAGUUGUGCCCGAGACUCUACUGAUGUGGUCAGUUGUGCCCGAGACUCUACUGAUGUGGUCAGUUGUGUCUGAGACUCUACUGAUGUGGUCAGUUGUGUCCGAGACUCUACUGAUGUGGUCAGUUGUGUCCGAGACUCUACUGAUGUGGUCAGUUGUGCCCUAGACUCUAUUGAUGUGGUCAGUUGUGCCCGAGACUAACUCCCAAAAGUCCCCCCCCCCCAACACUCACAUCAAUAAAUAAUGUUAGGUCUAUAUAUAAACCACAAAAGGCCACCUGGGGCAGGUGCACCCUUACCACCACAAUAGUUUCACCACUAGUUAGGGCAAAAAUUGUAUUACCUAAAGAGCCUCCACACUGAUCCCUUUAUGCAUUGGUCACUAGACCUUGUAAUGGGAUUUUUAGCUGAGAAAUGUUGUAUUUAAAAUAAUUAUUUAAAAAUUUGCGGUGUUCAGCAUUGUGAUUUCUAUUUUUCUUAUGAGGACUGUAUUGCAAGUGGCCAGGAGGAUGUCCAAGUUGUAUGCACACAGCCCAGGAGAAUCUCUGCCACCAGCUUGGCCAUGCGUGUGUCUCAGGAGAUGGGGGAGUCCGGCUUCAGCCCCAGGGAAGCUCUUGUUGGGUACCAGAUCAGAUUUGAAUCACGGCGAGGCCCUAACACUAGGCUUGUGUACUGCACCACUGGUGUCGUGCUGAGACAACUGCAGACGGCCACAGAUUUGAAGGACAUCACACACCUAAUUAUAGAUGAGGCAGGAAAUUUGGCUGUUUUAAAAUACCCCUUAAAACCUAUUUUAAGGCUUCUAUUUUUAAUUUUUUUUUAUUAAGUAAGUCAAUUAUUUUUUUUAAAAAACAUUUAACUUGUUACUCAUCAAAGUUUGUCCAUUUUCCCGGCUAUCUGUAAUAUAAUGUUUUGCUUCUAAAAGGUGCAUGAACGGAGCAUGCAGUCAGACUUUCUAAUGAUUGUUGUGAAAGAUAUUUUAAGACGUAGGCCUGACCUCAAAGUCAUUUUAAUGAGUGCCACACUGGACAGUGCCAAAUUCUCAUCCUACUUUAACCACUGUCCCGUCAUCAACAUACCUGGACGGACAUUUCCAGUGGAGGUAGGAAUAAAUAAAAUAUAAAUUGUUUUAAUUCUGCCUUCAUCACAAAGCAUUUUUUUUAAUGAUUUUCUAAUGCACCAAUUUCAGUCGAAUGUUAGUUGUCCAAACUAAUUGGGACUGUUUGUUUUGAAUGAAAUUUUUUUUUUUCAGAUAACCGAACACUCCCACAGAAAAGUUGUGUUCAAGACAUUAGUGCUUAAAAUACAUUAUAAUUUACCGUAUACACAUAUGGUGCUUUAUUGUACAUAGUCUUAUGUACAGUAAUCAUCAAGGGCAUAUCGGGUCAGCUGAUUGACAUCAGAAUCUGAUCAGGACUGAAAGGUUUUUGGUAGUCAAAAGAGGUCCUUAGCAAAAAUUAGAUGACAUGAGCUUAGAGUAAAAUCUGAGUUCACUUUGUUUGUGGACUCAAUGCAUUCUGCCAUAUUUGUUAUUGAACAAGUUUGCUGAUCUCAUUAUCUCAGUCUGCAUGUAAAGUAUAUAUCUACAUUUUUACCUGAAUUGUACAACAGGCCUCAGAUCCCUUAUGGAUAUUGUACGCCAACACGAAUUGCAUGUGUUAAUAUUUUUUUUUUAAGACAGGGGCAGUCAGGACAAUUGGGGUAGAUAAUUAGCAUUUGGAAAAUUUAAGUGUUGCUGUAUUUUUUUUUUUCAGAAGAGCAAGCAAAGAUUAUAAACGUAUUUUUUAGAUGACAUAAUGAAUGUUUUUUAUGUUAUACAUGUGAAGCUAAUGAGGUCUCUGUUUGAAAAAAGAACAGUAAAGAAUUAAGCUAGAUACUACUGCAUCAGGUAUGUUAAACAGGUUGAAAAUAAUAUUUUAGAUUUUUUACCUGGAAGAUGUGAUUGAGAUGACUGGCUAUGUUGUUGAUGAAGACUCACCUUAUGCCAUCAGUUCAAGACACCUGGUUCAGGUAUUCCAUAAGAUUUCACCUUUUGGCUGAUUUUAGUCCACAUAUAAUUUAAAAAAAUUUAAAGCACCAGCUUAUUUUAUGUGACCUUUACAAUUUGUGUUAAAAACGCAACACAAGCAGACAUUGAUGAUCCCUUGAUAGUUCUUAAUUUUUAAUGCAUUUGUGCAGCAACUUGUUUCAAUGUUGUAAAAAAAAAAUGUCUGUAGAAAACUUGCUGAGAAUGUUAGCUCUUAAGUCAGAUAGUAAGACAAAGCCCUGAUAAGAGCGGCAAGAGAGUGAACAUUUGUUAAACAAAUAUUGUUUGUUAUUGCCAGGAAGCAUCAGCAUCAGUGGAGAUAACUCAGAAAGGAGGAGAUAAAUCCAAACAGAAUGUGACCUGGACUCAAGAAGACAUCAGUAAGAUUGAUAGGGUAAGAGGUAUCUUUAUUUUGGUGGUCAAUUUCAGCACAUCUAUGGUAUAAAGAGCUUUUUUACCAUUUUCAUGACGUAGAUUACUAAUUAUGUGUCCAACAGCUGACUACUUAGGCAUAUAAUGAUUUUUUACAACAAAAAAAUUUAAGCCAAUGACCAACUUUCAUAAUAAAACGAUUUCUAUAAUUAAAUUUACUUUUAAUUGCAAAAUCCCAUUGUGGGACUUGGUGCUGCUGCACUCAUACAAUACUCUCCACACUAGCCAAGUGGCUUGUUCCAUGGAUAUGAUUAUUGUGUUAAAAUACUCAAAAGUUUGUUUUGGACACAUGUUGAAAACCAAUGAAUUAUAAUUAUAGCCUUAUUUUUCAGACUAAAAACUAAACAUUUUUUUUUUUUUAAAUAGUGAUAUGAUAAAAUACUUACAAAAUGUAGUUGGGAUCCAGUGGAAAACAUUUUAUAAUAGCACUUUUUAUCUUUGUAAUUUGUUCUUUUUUUUAAAGAAAGACUUUGUAUAGAUUGUAGUGUGAUAAACUCCUCAUUUGUUUAUUUCAUAGACAAACCUUGCUGCUGAAAAAUAUUCUCUGCGCACAAGAAAUGCAGUUUCACGCCUGAAUUUGCACAGAAUCAAUAUAGAUUUAAUUGUGGUGAGUUAUAAAAUAAUUUUAGAGUAACUAAAAUAUACAUUUAUCUGUACACACUUACUCAGUGUGACGAGAUGUAGAACUUGCUUUCUUGUGCUCAUCUACCCAUGAUGAUAGAUGUCCACUUGUUUGGGCUAUGUCUCCCUCUUCAUCCCAUGGGCCAGUGUAACUGAUAGCAACUGAUACCAAUACACCAAACACUGACCGGUUUGUUGCACAAUAUAAGUAUAUUCACCAACAAUUCCUUAACCAUUGCUUUUAAAUAAUUUAUGAAUAAUAAUCAAGUCGUUCCAGCCAAACGCUGAGCAACACACAAGUUAAACAGUCAAUAUCGUAUGAUUGUCAUCUAUAUCAAUAAAACAACAACCAAACUACCCAAAUGCGUCACAAAUACUUCACACAAUAGACACAGCCACACACAUAAUCUCUACACUAAACAUCUUUUCCAUACCAAACAUAUCAACAGUAACCUACACAUUACAACAGUGAUUCUCAUACUCUUGACACAGUGGAAUUAAGAUUUCUGUUCUUAUUUAACCCAUUAAAUAUAGGUCAAAAGUCGUUUACUUGGUUCCAAGUAACAUGUGGGUGAGGCACAUUUUUUUGAGGUCUCCUCUUUUAGCUAGAUAAACAAGAGUGACAUGUAUUUUUAUUCUAGGAGUUGUUAAAGACUCUGGAGUCAUCCCCUCUGUUUAAAGAGACACCAGGUGCUGUCCUCAUCUUCCUGCCUGGACUGGCUGAUAUACAAGAACUCUAUGACAAUCUGACCACACAGAGGCAGUUCAGUAACCCGUCAAAGUAGGUCAAUCAGGUUUAUUCUGAUCAUCGAAACCAAGUCCACAAUUGUAUUUCAGGUCACCACCAAUUACCCCCCUGGUUCUGCAUAUUUCUACAUGGAAAUUAAGAAGUUUAAAGUGGCCCUAAUGAACACUUCACAGACAUGUUUUAUAUUUAGUCUACAUGGCUGAUAAUUUGCCAUUGACUAAACAUUACAAAAAUUGAACAAAAUAAUAUUUUAAAAUUUAAUACAAAAUCCAACGUGCUAACUAAACCUGAACCAUGUCCUAAUUUUCAUACAAAGUAUACUUUGAAAUUAAAUAUAAACAUUAAUGACAUUAAUGGAUUUUCAUUAUUUACCAGCAUUACUGGACAAUAUAGAUUUGCCAUCAACCAAUUGCUAAGUAAUUUACUGUAAGAUUUUACUUUGGAAUUUGUGGAAUUAUACUUAUUUUUUAAAUUUCAGGUAUCAAAUUUAUGCACUACAUUCCGUUUUGUCAUCACAAGAUCAGUCCAAAGUGUUUGCUGUGCCACCCCAAGGGAUUAGGAAGGUUGUCCUGGCAACCAACAUUGCUGAAACAGGAAUCACAAUACCUGAUGUUGUUUAUGUUAUAGAUAGUGGGAAAGCUAAAGAGAAUCGGUGGGUAUACAAGUCGACAGACCUGGGGUAAUCUAUAACCUAACAAGUAUCUUUCAAAGUUAUGACAGGACAUUUACAGUUUUUAAAACACCCAAGAGCCCAUAUGUGUUAGUGUUAACAUUUUGUCAUCAGUUUUAGGAUGAUUGCGAUGAGUAUUAUUUUUCUAUUGAUGUGGUUUUUACCCGUUCUUUAGCACAGGUAUUCUUUUUUAAAGUCAUUAGUUUAUAACUAAAAGAAAUGAUGCACAAAUAUGAACACUUGUAUAUUUUCCUUAACACCUUAUUAUCUAAUACUUUCUCUUCAAAACCUGAAGUGAUAUUAAAAUAAAGGCACGGCCACUUGCGAAGCACUUAGAUGACAUGUCUAUAUUUUAAUCAGAUACAUGGAAACCAGCCAAAUGAGUGCCUUAGAAGAAGUGUUCAUCAGCAAGGCCAACUGUAAGCAACGAGCUGGCCGGGCUGGUAGAGUAAGGGAGGGUCUCUGCUUCAGACUUUAUACCCAAGCCCAGUAUAAAGACUUCAAGGCUUACUCAACACCUGAACUACUAAGAGUCCCUUUAGAGGAGCUGUGUCUAAAUAUCAUGGUACUUAUGACUUUCUAGAAAUCACUUUGAAGAUAUUUCUGUACAAGUAAUCAGGCUUAACCCAUGUUUCUUGAGCCCGUAUUUUUUAUAAUUUUAAAACAGUUCUUAAAAAACAUAAUUUGUUAUAUUAUAAAUGUUACUUUUAUUUGAUACAUUUCUUUGUCAAUGUCUGUCUUUUAUUAACUCUUUAAUUUUGUUCUAAGUUUCUCCAUCUGGUUAGGGUUAAUUACUAUUUGCCAUUCAAAAAAUUGGCCAUGUUAAUUUUUUUUAAACUUUUUGUUUAAAUUUUUAAAACUUGCCAUUACAUUUAAUAUUUGCACAAAUUUAGUCUCAUUUCAUUGUUAUACAGAAAUGUUGUUACGGAAAACCGUACGAGUUCUUAUGUGGUGCCCUUGAUCCACCUCAGCCUACUGCUGUAUCCAGAGCAAUGAGCUUACUGAGAGAGGUUGGAGCUUGCGAAUCGGAUGAAAGCUCCCUGACCCCUUUAGGUCACCACUUGGCAGCUCUGCCAGUUGAUGUCCGAAUAGGAAAAAUGUUAUUAUUAGGAGCAAUUUUUGGAUGCCUGGAGCCAGUAGUAAGUUUUGUGUUUUAUUGUUUCAUUUCAGACAAACAAUUAUCAUAUUUUGAUAACAGAAAAGGAUGCAGCAAAUUUUAAUUGAUAAAAGUUAUUUACACUUUCAUCUUUUUUAAUUCACAGUUUAUAUUUAUUCACAACAUCCAUCAUCAUUUUAAGAAACUAAAAAAAAAUGUUUUCUUCUUGAACAUUAACACUUAUGCUGCCAUUCUGAACUUUUCUUUGAAUAAACUCAGGCAGUUAUAGCGGCAGUCAUGACAGACAAGUCACCAUUUGUUGUGCCCCUCAGUAAGAGAUCAGAGGCCGACUCGGCCAAGCAGGCAAUGGCAGUAACCAACUCAGAUCACAUAACAUUCUACAAGGCAUAUCAGGGGUAAACUUGAUCAAAUCCACAUUUCAAUAUUUUAGUUAGAAAAAGAUAGGCACCGUGCUGUCCUUAUCCAUUUAAAACUGAUGCAACAUUCUCUGUUCAUAAAGUGAGAUCUGGUAGAGCUGCCAUAAAUUUUUCCUUUCCACAAGUAAGCCUAACCAUUUGUCCCAUGGUUGCAUAAAUUUGUGUAUAAAAAGCUGAUGGUGGAAUUAGAAUUUUUUCCCCUAUAGUAAUCAUUCAUUUAAUAUUUAAACAAGUUAGCCUUACAAUUAUAUCUGACUUCAAAAUGCAAAAAAAUCUUUUCAUCUAAAUUUAUUUAUUGUCUUAAUUAAGUAAACUUUUUCACGCUAAAAUUAUGAACAGAUAUACUUUAUCUGCUCAUUUUCGUUCAUCCAUACAGUUUUUAAACUUUUCAUGUGCCUUUUUUUUUAAGUUUUAAUUAUUUUUAUUUUUUUUAAUGUCAAGUUGGUGCAAGGCUAGACAAGAAAGUCGAUCUGCUGAGAAUGCAUACAUUAACAAAAAUUUCCUCAAAAGAUCUACUUUACUUGAUAUUGAGGUUUGUAAUCCUUGUACUUUUUUUUUUUAAUCAUUUUAAGUGAUUAUGUUUUGAAGAGAAAAAACCCUUUGUUCCUCUGUUAAAAUUUAUUUUUGCCUAAUUAAUUUUGAGUCCUAACUGGAUUUUAAUUUGCAUGGCUAAUUUACCUAUUGUAUAAAAGACUACCUUUACAUAGUUAGAUGAAUAGAAAAAUUGAGUUGGUAAAAUAUUUUUUAUGCACUAUGUUAAAUGUUUUUGUUUUUAAUUUGUAAUGUUGCAUGAUAACUUUUUUUUGGGGCGUCAUUAAGAUUCCAUAGCAAAAAGUUUUCCUGUUUUUUCUCUCUUGGCCGGAAACACCAGAUAAUUUAACACAUUUUUAAAAACUAAGAUUUGAACAGCAGAUUGAUAAAUUUUUCUGUGUCUGAUUGUUUCACCGCCCAUCUGUCUCAACAUUGAUUCUUGCCAUUGAACAGAAUGUCAAGAAGGAUCUUGUCAAGCUUGUAUCAAGUAUAGGCUUUAAUCCCAGAUCUUCUUCCCCUUCAACCAGUAGCUUCAAAGCACAGCCUGUGGUGUCCCCUGAUGGUGUUCUGAGCAUCUCUGACUCCCUUACUAAAGUUGAUGACCUUGACCCAGUAUCUAUAGCCUUAAUUAAGUCAGUUUUGACAGCCGGGCUUUACCCACAGGUGAAAUUGUAACUCUUACCUAUCAUAUUGUGCCUUAUUAAAAAAAACAAGCGGAUGAAAUUAUUUUAUUGAACUCCAAUCAAAUUUGCAGCUCAUAAGUAAAAUUACUAAUUAAUAGCUGGUAAUAAUCAAUUUUUACUUUUUUAUCUAAUUUUGAUCAUUGUUUUUUUUUUUAAUGUUUUUUUUUUUUAAUUUUAGUUUUUAAUGGGGGUAGGUUGCAGGAAGGGUAGUUCAGCUAGUUUAAAAUUAAUCAUGUUUCCCAUAAUUGUAUUUGUGUUAUUUUCAACCAGAUGGAUCUGCAGACUUGGUUACUCUUAUGAUUUUGGUGUAAAUUGUAAAAAUUUGGUAUGCUUCAUUAUGAUUGUAUGCAGAUACAUGGCAGAGCUACCAUUUUCAGAGAUCGGGUUGAAAAAAUACAUUCUGGUAGUUUAAUGAUUUUUUUAAAAAAUUACUCAAAAAACCUCUUUGAGGUGUUAGUAUUAGUUUUAGCUCCUUUCUACACAGUGGGGAAUGGACCGAGAAAUAUUAUUGGUUGGGGACCAUCCAUAAUUAUAUUAUGCAAGCACUGAGUUGGGAGGGCUAAGGUUGGUAUUGACUAAGGAGCCUAUGGGUGUGCAUGGGAGGGGGUAAGGGAUCGGUGUCUAAAUAUUUUUAGAGGAUAUUCAUAAUGAUGGGGAUAUACAUCAUAUUGUUGCUUUGUGGGUUUUUUGUUGUUUUUUGGGGGGGUUUUUUGUGUGUGUUUUUUUUACAAAGAACUUGCUGAUACAGCAACAUUAAUAUUUAGCUUAGUCACUCCAACAACAAAUUUUGUCAAAAUUCACUUUUGUUUGCUUCGUUGCUGUAUGAUGUAAGUUUGUGAUGUAAUUAUUUUCUUCUUCAACUGAACCAGGAUUGUGAAAAGGGAGAAAACUGUAAAAAAAAAAAAUCAUUUUUGCAUUCUAAACUACUCCACACAGCAGCAUUUAGAUUUGACAUACUGUAUAAGAUCUAGCAAGCAGCAUUUGAAAUCUAUUUUUAGAAUUCACAAAGCAGCUGUACAAUUUCAAUACCCUAGUUUGGUUCAAACAUUCUUCUUCCAUUCUCCAAGUACAGCUUGUUGUGGUUAUUAGACUGUAUAAUGGAAAAUAAAAUCAGGCUCAUAUACUUAAGACAGGGAUGGCCAACCCAUGGCCAAGCACAUUAAAUUUUAUGGCCCACUAGAUGAAUCACAAAUGAACUUAUUUCUUCAUUCAAUCAGCAAUUAUUUUCAUUUUUGGCAUAAAUGCACAUUUGAAUUACAAACGCAUCCUUUUUUUUGUGACAGUACUUGAUAUUUCAGUGUACCCGCCCCUUUUUUUUUUGGAUAGAUUUAAAUUUAAAAAAUGAUUGAAAUAAGUAAUCUCCAAUCUUAAUUUAAAAUAAUAAAACAGUUUAACUAUUGAGUAACUACUAAAAUAAAAAAGGAUUUAUGUAAACACAGCUAGGUAGAGGAUACCUAAUUUUCGGUGUACCUACCCCUUUUUUUAUAUAUUAAAAUUUUUAAAUGAUUGAAAAAUGAUUGAAAUGAGUAAUCUCCAAUCUUAAUUUAAAAUCAGUUUAACUAUUGAGUAAUUACUUAAAUAAAAAAGGAUUUAUAUAAACAACCUAAUUUUCCACAAGCUUUACGAUUAAGUGUAGGAUGAUGCAAAAAAAUAUUGAGGUAUAUUCAAAAGUGCAUCCCUGCAAUUCGAAUCUGUACAAAACCCCAGCCCCACCUUCACUCAUUUGACUUCGGCGGGCAUCUUCAAUACCCUCCUCCCCACCCCAUCUUCAUCUAUCAAAGUUGCAAAUUGACCUAUUUUAGACAUGCGAUGCUAAUAGCUAUUGUAUAGAUUAUAAUAUAUGUUUAUUUAUUUAUUAUUGUGAUAUAGUACUGUACGAUUUUGAGAUGUAAGUUACUACUAUGAAAUGAGAUGGUACUAUUUUGGGAGUUCCAGGUUAACCAGGUCUGGAUCUGAUACUUUUGCUCACAGAAAAGUAUAACUUAUAAGAAAUAAAAUGUUGCUUUCAAAUUUGUUUUAAUAUUAUUUACCCUAUGUGCCAGGUUGGACAAAUUAUCACAACCCCGUCUGUGGAUGUUGCAGACAAAUCUACCUGCAUGGUGGAAACAUCGCAGGGUGUUGCCCAAGUUCACCCCUCAUCUGUAAACAAAAAUCUGGCUUUGACAGGAAGUUGGAUGGUAUACCAUGAAAAGGUAGUGAUACUGAUAGUGUCCCUUUUUUGUAAUGUGUCAUUGCCAUUAGUUCACUGACCUUUUGAUUUAAAUAAAUAUUUAUCUUAAAAAAUUGAAGAAUAAGACACACACACACAGUUCAAAUCGGAUUACACUUUUAUUGAAUGUUCUUUGACAAGGUGAGGGUGUCACGUGUUUAUUUGAAAGACACAACAGUGGUUUCCCCAUACGCUCUACUCCUGUUUGGAGGAGCAAUUGAUGUACAACAUACACAGAAAGUGAUCCUUUUGGACGGUUGGAUUAAAUACAAGGUAGAAAGAGAAUUUGUUGCUAUCAAAAUAUAAAACUUAAAUUUCAAAUAAUUAUGCAUAGUAUGCGAUACAUGCCAAACUGUGGGGUCAAAAAGCUGUACAAAGAGUCCCAAAAAACUGUACAACAGUAUAAAAAACCAUUUCGAAAAAAAUAAAAAGUAAAAAUAAAGUAUUAAUUUUAAAAAUUAUUUCCCCUUCCCCGCUCUCACAUUUUAGCAUGUUUACAUCAUGUAUAAAUGAACAGAUUGCAUCUUUUAAAUGAAAAUAGCUUGUUUUAAGUCAGAUUUUUGUCAAAUUUUCAGUUUAUAACACUGUUCAAUAGCAAUUUUAUUUAAAUAUAAAAAAAUUGACUCAGAUGAUGAAUUUGAUGGCAAUUUAGAUAAAAUUAUACAUAAUUCUUCUGUUAUUUAUGCUAGUAUUGCUUACUGGGGUAUGUUAAUGUGAUGUUUUUAUUGGAAGUUUCCAGCUGGAGUAAAAUAAUAAAUACAAAAAGAUUAUAAUAUAUAACGCCGGCAGUGUUGAAUGUAUCAUUGUGCAAAAAAAUGUAUUUCUAAAUUCCGUUAAAAACAUAUAAAAAUGUGUACUGGUACAGCCAUAGAGCUCGGCAAAUGUAUAAAACUAUAGUAACUGUACAGGUUGGCAUCAAUGUCUCAGUGCUAUAUGGAAUGUUUAAAUCAACCUUUUUUAUAUUUAUAUACAUCCAAAAUAAUGUGCACUUAUUUUCUAUAUUGACUAUUAUUUUUUAAAACCUAAUCUCUAAACCUGAUACAGGGGAGAUCAUGCCUUUUAACUAUUUUUUAAAAAUAUAAAACAAUUCUUGAUAGAAACAUUUCAAACUUGUGAAAAAAAAAUGUUACAUUGUUGGCCUAUUUGUUUCAAAUUCAUAAGUUUUCUACUUGUUACUGCAGGCAGUUGCAAAAACAGGUGUGAUAUUCAAAGAGAUAAGAGUUUUAUUGAAUAGGAUAUUGGAGAGGAAGUUAAGGGAACCAGCACUUAAUAUCUCAGGUAUUUUAAAUUAA